GGUCUGCCGCAAGUGGUACGCCCUGUCUCGGGACCGCACACUUCAUCGUCGCGUGGACCUAUCCCAUGUGGAGCUGACGCCCAAGCAGCUCAAGCUGCUCCUCCAGAUGCGUGCCAUGCCCCCCGCUGUGGAAGAACUGCGUGUCUUUGGCGACCACCACUGCCUGUGGGCGUGUAGCGUGUCCCCUCGGGCACUGGGCAGGAUCCAGCGUCGCUGCCCGAGGCUCCGUCGCCUCCACAUCCACAACUUCAGCUUUCGCUCCUCGUCACGGGACAAGUGUGUUCGGCUCACAGACUUUCCGGACACCCUGGAACACCUCUCCCUCCGCGGUUCCAUUGUGGGGCGGUCGUCUUUCUUCAAGGCCAGCCGCCAAGGCCAGUGCCUCUCGAAGCUCCAGAUCCUCGAUCUCGGCCGCUGUUUCUUUGUGGCCGACGCAGAAGCCAAGCCCUGGCCCUGGCUUCCUAAUCUCUCGGAACUGUACCUGGAGGGCUGCCCAUUCCUGGACAGUGCCGGUUACUUCCAGGACAUGCUCCGCAAGCUCUCGCGGCUCACCCUGCUUGACGUAGAGGGCACCUACGUCGCCGAGAAUGCGCUGGAAACGGUGGCAUCUUACUGCCCCACGUUGGAGCAUCUGUUUGUUGGCUGCACAGCAACCAAGGACAGUUCAGUUGCGGCCAUGGGCAACUCUGGAGGGAUGUCACGACUGCGGUCUGUCUGCCUGGUGCAGACGCAGGUCACGGAUGCUGGAUUGUUGCAGCUUGUGCGAGUCGCGCCCGAACUGAAGGUGGUCAUGCUAGAGACAGACCAGGGGGUGUCGGAUGAAGGCAUUGCGGAGUUCUGUGACCGACUGCCCGGGGUGGCAGUGGAGAUACGAGAGUGCAUCGGGUUGGUGUCGGCUGUGUUCAGGCACGAGGGCUGUGGCCACUACGAGCUGCGCUUUGUGGAUGCCGAGGGCUCCUGAGGGCUCUUUAUUGUUAAUGCCUCUCUUGCUUUUUUCAGUGAGUGUGGGGUCUUUUUAAAACUCUGCUUCAUGCUCUGUUUUCAGGCUUGAGCAGAGUAAGGCUUUUGUAAACGCAAAUUACUAACAGACGUGGAAGAUGGAAAACAUUGUGUAAAGCAAAUACUGUCGGUGUUUAAAAAUAUAGACUAGUUUUUUCUAAUGGUCGCAGACAGCUUUCUCGGGUAUUUAUACACAAAGCAUUUUGAUAAGACAAUUCAGAGGUGAAGAUUAAUUAAGGACUGGGAAAAUGGGAAAUAUGGGAUUAUUUUAGUUGAAAGAAUUGAAUCCUUUGUGGUCAAGAGUUAAAAAAAUAUGGUGCUUGUCUGGACUGUUACAAUUAAAAUGAACAUAGUAGGACAAUGCUUUGGAGUCUCUGUAACUAUGUUUUUCAUUGGAAAAAAUGACCUGCACACACUUACAAAAAAAAAAAAAAUAUCACCUGGUACGCAGUUUAAAAAAUGUUCAGGACAAUACUGUCGUGCUGGAAGUGGUUGGGAGAUGAAGGGGUUGGGGUGCGUGUGGUUAUAAGGGGGUGCAGCAAUUAAAGAGAAAUGUCUGGGGAGACAAAAGACAACCCAUCUUUCUCAUCCCGGUUCUGAUGCCACUGGGGCAAUAUAUUUAAAUAAGGUCAGUACCCUUUAAGUAGGGACAAAUACAAAUGAAGAUUUGCGAAAUUGUUGAGCAUGUGCAGCUAGAUACACUAGCUGUGUCUCAUCUUUUGUUCGAGUCUUUCAUGCAUUUUGUCACCAGUCUUUGGUAUUAACUGCAUCGGGAGAUCUGCUUUAUUGUUCCUAUUAGUUUACUUACCAACACUAUUAGACUUUACUAGGGCUCUUCAUUUGCCUUGCAUCAUUUAAACUUGCAGUUGUACUGCCUUGGCAUGGUUACAUUUCAGAACUAGACAAUAAUUCCUUGUAUCUCAACACUGAAUAUCUUUAAAAAAUUUGUUUUACUAUAAAUCACUCAGUAGAGGAUUAUCUUGAUUGUUUAUUUCACUACAUGACAGCUAUGCAACAUAAAUAUUGAAGGGGCGUGCUUAGUGUUGCUUGCAUUCAAAAUGCAGGUUCAUUGUUUUUGCAUUGACAGUCUCAUAUGAAAUAUUGUAUCUUUCAUAAUGCUAUAUUAACAAUAUGAGCCCAGUUCAUUAGAGAUGUCUCCUUAUUGUUUUGUCCACACAAGAGAUGUUGCUAUGGUGCAUUAAUAAUUUACUGGGUGAAAUCUAGAGAAGCUGGAGAUUUAAUCUCAUCCACUUGUCCUUGUUAACUUUUGUGAAUGCUAUAGCACAAUGAUUAUUUAAGUGAGAGAGCAAUAUUUUUUUAUUUUUUUUUCCUGACAAGGCACAUUAUGGGCAGUUUUCUGGAACUGUUUUCAAAAACUCUUACCUCACCAGACUUCCUUUUAUGGAUUAGAAGUGGUCUGUCUUUUAGCUUUCACAGUUGACAGAGUUUUUGUCGUAUCAACUAAACUGUGAUGAUCUGUGACCGUGACAUUUAACCUUGACAUUUAAAUAUUCUUAAUAUAAAACAUUUCUGAGUAGUGAUUUUUUCCUGCUGUAUCUUUAUGCAAAUUAUAAUUUUGCUUACUGUUGCAAUAUCAUUACCGGUGCUAUAGGUGCUUGUAAUGAUUAGUAGAGAGUGAAAACCCCACAAAAAAAAAAUUAAAAGGGAAUUUGCAAAAUAUUUUUAAGCUAAAUAUUUAGCCUUUCUUUCUGCAUUUGACAAUGGGAGGAAAAUUAAGCUGCUGUUGUGCGAGCUUCGGGGACAAGGUAGCCCGUGAUGGGAAGGAAAGUUACAUUUUGGAGGAGGUGGGAAGGACCAUUCAAGUCCUUGACUUUAGGUUACUUUUUCAUCUGGAUCAAGAAAAAGAGAAAGUCCCUUUCUCUCUCUUCUCAACUAAAGGUCGACUAUUAAGAAAAUGUCUUCAAACUUGGCUAAGAAGUCUAUUAAAAAAACGUUUCUGUCUAGGUGAAAAAAAAAAUAAAAAUAUUUUGCGGCCACCUUCGGUGUUUUCCGGGAGGUUUAAACACACCUGCCAGUGUUUCUGCAGUGUCUAAGCAACCUGGGAUGCUCCUUCCGGAGAGGACAUGCACUGCUUUUGCUUCUGCUGUCCAGUUUGCUUCUGUGGCUGCAAAAUGUGUGCAGUUUUACAAAUGAGAAUCUCAAGGCUUAGGUGCGAUGAGUGUCAGGCAUCUACCAUCAUGAUGCUGAUGUGGUACACACGUCAUCUGCCCAGGACUGCCUCAUAGAAGUUUGCUUUGUCCUGUGGGAAAUGUAGGUCGACAGUCAUUUUGCCUCACACAAGAACUAGUUUUGUUAUAAGCUGCAACUUUUUCCGCUGAAGUGUGACAUCUCUGUUGACGAAUACUCGACGUGACAAAUAUAUAUAUAUUGUUGUGAUCCCAGCCUUGACAGCUUCAUACCUGCGUGGUGAAAGUCAUUACGUUUGGUGUUUUCCGAAUUGAGACCUGGCAGGUAAUCCUGUCUUGUUACUUGCGUUUCCUGUAGUGAUCACAAACGCAGUUGCCUAAGCUUUCAUCGUGUGCUAGCAUUGUUACGGUAAUAUUACUGCCCGAAGCCAAGCGCUUGUACACCAUAACUUCAAGCUGUGCAUGAAACACGACACCCGGUGGCAGUAUAUUUCCAGUAUGGCCAGUGUCGGUCGUUGCCUUAUUCUUGUGUCAUCUUUUUACUGCACCUAUUUAUUGAUUUCUUAAUAAAGGAAGCUUCUCAAGACGCAAUUUAUUUAUAUAAGCAGUUGCUUUUGAUAGUAUAUAAAAGGCGGACCUACGCUUGUACAGUCAUGUUUCCGUGUUUGCAUACUCCAAGGCUCACCACUUUGUCAAUAAAACGUCACCAAGGAG